CUAACCAAUUAAAAUAACUAUUGAUUACUCAUUCCUUGAUAAAAAUCUAGCUCAAAUAUAUAAAAGUUAUAUAUUUAGAUAAAUGGAAACAGCGAAAAUUUAUUUUUAAAAACUUUUAAAAGUAAACCCAUUUUUAGGAAAUAACUAUUUUCCUAGAUAUAGCAAAUUAUGGAAAUAAAGUUGCAACGGUGUUUUUAUUCCAGAUAGUGCUAUAGAAGUAGGUAUUCCUGAUUCUGAUUUACAUAUUUAUGUUAUAACUAAAAAUAAACCAUAAGAUGGAGAUUUGGCAAACGCUUGUGUUUGUGCUUACAACGAUAUGUACAUGAGACCUUCUUUUGGUAGAAUCUAAUUUGAUUUAGGAUUAUUUGGUAAAAAUCAGGAUGCUGAAUCAUUUGAGAAUGAUCUUGAAACUACUAUCCAUGAAAUUUUACAUAUCCUAGGAUUUAGUGGAUUUUAAAUGUAAUUUUGGAUAAAUCCUUAGACAGGAUAAUAUUAUGGAUAAUAUGGAUUAUCUUAAAUAACGAAAAUAGUAAUUUAUAGAGGUUUACCGACAACACUAGUUAUGACAAAAAAUAUACUUUAAACUGCUAGAAAAUAUUAUGCUUGUCCUAAUAUGGAAGGUAUGUAACUUGAAAAUGAAGGAGGAUCAGGCUCUUUAGGUUCUCACUGGGAAUAACUAAUUGUUUAAAAUGAAAUGAUGAUGGCUAGUGAUGUAAUUACAGAUGCUUAAUUAUCAGUUCUUACUAUUGCUUUAUUAAGAGAUACUGGUUAUUAUACUGAAGUAAAUGAAAACAUGGCUGAUAACCUUUAUUGGGGUAAAGGAAAAGGAUGUUCGUUUGUAAUUGAAGGAUGCUAUAGUAAACAAAAAUUUGAUGAGUUCCCGUAAGAAAUGAAAGUAUAAUGUUCUUUCGAAAAUGAUGGAUAUGGUUUUCCUGAAACUACUCCUUACUUUGAUAAAUGCUUGAUGAAAGAUAUUUAUGGCAAUAAAUUGUGUACUUCUUUUAAAAAUAAUUUUCAAUUUAAUAAUAGUGAUAUUGCAUUAGAGUAUUUUGGUAUUAGUAGUAAAUGUUUUAACUCUACAAGUAGUAAUAAUGUUAAAUUAUUAAAUGAUGAAUAAGCAAGAUGUCAUAUGUUUAAAUGUUCUCCUGAUCAUAAAUCUAUUAGUAUUUUUUUUCCUUAAAUUAAAAGAUAAAUCAUUUGUACUAAAGAAAAAGAAGAAAAGUUGAUUAAUCCUUAAAAUGAUAGAUUUGGUAAAAUUGUUUGCCCUUCAUCAUUUCUUUAAUUUUGUGAUUAUGUUCAUAUAUGUCCAAAUUAUUGUAGCUCUGUGGGUUUUUGUGUAAGAGGAGUUUGUUUAUGUUUACCUGGAUGGGGAGGAGUUGAUUGUUCUGUAAAAUGUCAUUAAGUAGUAUCAGACAAAACAUGUGUAAAAUAAUGUCCUGGAAAUUAAGUAAUUAGUCCUGAUAGAUCUUGUUAGAACUAAUGUCCUAACGGUUAUUUUAGACAUGGUCCUAAAUGCUUUUAAUGUCAUCCGUCAUGUAAAAGAUGUAAAGGAGGAACAGCUAAUGAUUGUACACUUUGUUAAUUUUUGACACAACCAAAUUAAUAUGGUUAAUGUAUAAGCAUAUAUUGA